UUUCUAAAUAUUGCGGGUGGGUCGGGUCAAAAAAGUAAAAAUGCACAUUUCUCACUUGUUAACUUCCGACAUAUUAGGUGGCGAUGUGCCUGCAUUACACAGGAGGUGUGGUCGAGCGCAAAACAUAAUUUCUCCUAAAUUCAGCACCCAAUUGCGCCAUGCGUGACUGACUGAAAAAAGUCAAUCGCGCAUUCGCUACUUUAUGGACAUGGAGCUUAAUGAUCUGGGAUAUCGAAGGUUGUGCACAAUGCGAGAACACCUUGCUUCUGUCAUACACGAAUACACAGCUGUGCUUGUUAAAUGCUUGGCAGUGUUUCACGCAAAAGUAGUCUAGCCUAUGAAGUUGCAAGGGGAAAUAUGAAUGUAAACUUGUUAUGAUGAUGAGAUUUAACACUGGCUAUGUCUAGGCUGCAGAUUAUGAAUGGUGUGGAAGAGCGCAGAUUGUCAAAAUGACCGAUCAUUGUAACCCGCUGUUGUCCUCAUGUGGGAGAAUUAGGCUAAUUAGGCUACGAAAGACGUUAUAGGUGCGUUUUUUUCCUUUCCGCGGGUCGGGUCGGAUUUGGGUCACAAUUCGAACAUAUUUUUGCGGAUUGGACGGGGCGGUUUGGAUCUCCUGAAAAGUCGGGUUGGUGCGGGUUUUAAAAAAAGCCCACCCGCGCAUCACUAACUCACAGCAUCUGUAAAGGCUGUCUGCAGCAGUUCUGGGAAACCAAAGGAUCCAGGGAGUGUCCAGUCUGCAGGAGAAGAUCCUCUAAACCGAACCCUCCCAUUAAUUUGCAUCUGAAAAACCUGUGUGAGAGUGUCCCAAAGGGGACAGGUCCACGACUCUUCUGCAACGAGCACCGUUCAGAACUGAAGCUCUUCUGUGAAGAUGACAAACAACUUUUGUGUGUGGUGUGUCGAGACUCUAAACUCCAUAAAAACCACAACUUCAGUCCCGUCAAUGAGGCAGCACUUGAGCGUAAGGAAGAACUGAAGGUCAAACUGCAGCCCAUACAGAACAAGCUGGACACCUUUAAAAAGGCUAAAGAGACCUGUGAUGAAACUGCCCAACACAUUACAGUCCAGGCUCAACACACAGAGAGGCAGAUCAAGCAGGAGUUUGAGAAGCUUCACCAGUUUCUACGAGAUGAAGAGGCAGCCAGGAUAGCUGCACUGAAGGAGGAAGAGGAGCAGAAGAGUCAGAUGAUGAAGGAGAAGAUUGAGAAGAUGAGCAGAGAGAUCUCAUCUCUUACAGACACAAUCAGAGCCAUAGAGAAGGAGAUGGGAGCUGAUGACAUCUCAUUUCUACAGAACUACAAGAGCACAGUGGAAAGAGCCCAGUGCACACUGCAGGAUCCAGAGAGGGUUUCAAGAGCUCUGAUCAAUGUGGCAAAGCACAUGGGCAACCUAAAGUUCAGAGUCUGGGAGAAGAUGCAGGAGAUUGUUCAGUACACUUCUGUGAUUCUGGAUCCCAACACUGCAAACCCAGAACUCAUCCUGUCUGAGGAUCUGACCCAUGUGAGACGCAGUGAUGAGGAGCAGCAGCUUCCUGAUAACCCGGAAAGAUUUGCUUUCUAUCCCAGUGUCCUGGGCUCUGAGGGCUUUAACUCAGGGACUCACUGCUGGGAUGUGGAGGUUGGAGACAGUAACUGGAACCUGGGAGUGAAGACAGAGUCUGGGGAGAGGAAGGGAUGGAGUUCCUUUAGUAGUGGAGUCUGGAGUGUGGAUCAUUGUGGUGGUAAUUAUACAGCACUCUCCUCAUCCCAGCCAAACACCACCAUCACAGUGCAGCAGAAACUCCAGAGGAUCAGAGUGCAGCUGGACUGGGACAGAGGAAAACUCUCAUUCUCUAACCCUGAUAAUAACACACACAUACACACUUUCACACACACUUUCACUGAGAAACUGUUUACACUCUUUUCCAUAUACUCGUCAUCUUUGAGUAUCUCACCAGUGAAGGCUGCAGUAUCAGUAGAGCAGCUCAAGUAGAGUUCACACACCUGCUGCACUAUCAGCUCAAGUAGAGUUCACACACCUGCUGCACUAUCAACUCAAGUAGAGUUCACACACCUGCUGCACUAUCAACUCAAGUAGAGUUCACACACCUGCUGCAGCAUCAACUCAGGUAGAGUUCACACACCUGCUGCAGCAUCAGCUCAGGUAGAGUUCACAAUCUUCUGCAAGAAGCAACUCUCUUUUUGCAACAUUUUUGUCAAACAUUACCACUAUGUUUAAUUUGAACUUAUGAUGGUUCUGAUAUUGUUCAUUUACUUAUUUCAUUUUCAUUGGUAAUUGGCAAUAAUGAUAGAGAAUCCAGAUGUUGGCAACAGAUGAGAUGGGACAGGAACUCAUCUCCAUCACUGGAGUUUUCAUGUGAACUCUACUUUACUGGACACCUGAUAAUGUGGAUCAGACCCCACAACUCACAUGGCCUCUCUCUCUCUCUCUCUCUCUCUCUCUCUCUCUCUCUCUUUCUCUUUCUCUUUCUCUCUCUCUCUCUCUCUCUCUCUCUCUCUGUCUCUCUCUCUCUCUUUCUCUCUCUCUCUCUGCUGAUUCUUACUGGAGCUUUUGAUUAAACAUGUCUGCUUGUGUACUGUGCUGUCUUGCUGCUUGUAAGUGCAGUAAAUGAUGCAAU